UUCAGCUGCGCUGGUAGCCAUGACCUUCAGGCCCUUCAUGUCUUUGCUCCUGGCCCUGGCUUGGGUGGCUUCGGACGCGCGGAGCCUCCAGAUCGACUCGGCAGGGUCGCUGGCUGAGGUGUCCGAGCACCAACCGAGACCUCGACGCUCAGCCCUUGUUCGGUCUGAGCAAUCCUUGAGCGAUGUGACGCACACUGGAGAAGAACAAGCAGCAGCAGAGGAUUCUUCCGAAGCUCAGCAGCAAGUGGACGCAGCCCAAGAAGAAGCCUCAGCAGCGGCGGAGGAAGCAAACGCGGAGUAUCGCUUUAGGGAGAACUUGCAAAGCGACGAGCUGGCGGACAAGAAGAAGAAGAGAAAGAAGGCGCGCGCCAACAAGUGUGUUGGCACCCUAAUUGCAAAAUGCCCACAAGACGGGGCAGAUCCUUGCAAGACGAAAGAUGCGGGAAACUGCGUCAGCGUCUUCCACUCCUGCAAGGAUGACGUUCUAAAGCAGUGUGGUGUGGACAAGCAUGGCAAGUGCGCCAGCGGUGGUACCACUUGCUACCUCGAAUGUUCAGGCCAAGAGCUCUUUGGAGAGAAAUGCGAGUCCCAGCCAGAGGGCAAGUGCAAUGGGGGCUUUGUCAGCGAUGGAAUGUCCGGGAUGUCUUGCAUGGUGUCCCCGAUGGAUGCUACACAAUGCAUUGAUGCAGGCACCUGUGCUUUGCCCCAGGAGUGAUUUAAUGCAACAAUUUGGAGAGAGAGCGAAUUGAAGCAGUUUGACUGAAGCUGA